UAUCAUCAAAGGGGGCCAUCGCAUCUGGACCCCACAAACCAUCUCUCCUGAGCACACGUGGUCUGGCGGCUACUAAUGACUCUGACAUUUUGGUCAACCAAUCAAUUUCGAGCUCUGAUGACAGGAAUGUUGAUAUUAGUAACAAUUCAUUAGUCGAUACAAAUGCCGAUGAAGUCAUUGGAGAGACACCCCUUGACGCACCACAUGCCACAGACGGGAAG